AGAGCCUCGUCCAGUUUAGGGACAGAAAACAGAGUCCAGACAAUCAGAAAGUAUGUUUAGUUUUAAGCACCAAAUGGCUGAAUUUCUUUUACAAAAUCCAUUUAUAUUCACUUUUAUCAGUAUAUUUCUUGUAUGGCAAUUCGUCAAAAGGGUGGCGGCCACUACAAACAGCAAAAAUCUGCCGCCAUCGCCGCCGAAACUCCCGAUUAUCGGAAAUCUCCACCAAAUCGGCACGCUCCCACACCAUUCCCUUCAAUCCAUGUCCAAAAAAUACGGCCCGUUAAUGCUUCUCCACUUUGGAAAUGUUCCGACGCUUAUCGUUUCAUCGGCGGACGCCGCCAGGGAAAUUAUGAAAACCCAUGAUGUCAUUUUCGCUGACAGGCCUGACUCUAGCGUUUCCAGGCGGCUUCUUUACGACAUGAAGGAUUUGUCAGUUGCUCCAUAUGGAGAAUACUGGAGGCAAUUGAAAAGCAUAUUUGUACUCCAGCUUCUGAGUAACAAACGGGUACAAUCAUUCCAUGCUAUAAGGGAAGAAGAAACGGCCUUGAUGAUGGAAAAAAUUAAGGAAUCGUGUCUAUCUUCAUCGCCAUUGAAUAUGAGUGAUUUGUUUACGGCAAUCACAAACGACGUUGUUUGUAGGUCGGCUUUCGGUAGGAAAUACAGGGACGGGGCGACAGGGGAGAAAUUUCUGCAGCUGAUUACUGAAUUUUUGGGACUUUUGGGGACUAUCAGUGUUGGGGAAUUCAUUCCAUGGCUGGCGUGGAUUAAUCGUGUUAAUGGUUUCGAUGCCAGAGUAGAUUUUGUUGCUAAAGAACUAGAUGAGUUUCUUGAAGGAGUGAUUCAAGAACACUGGGAUAUGGAAAAUUCAAGCGGAAAGGAUGAAAGUAAAGAGAAUUUUGUAGAUAUUCUGCUUAAGAUUUACCAGGACAAUGCCACUGGUGUAUCCAUUGAUAGAGAUGGUAUCAAAGCCAUAAUUUUGGAUGUGUUUGCUGCUGGAACUGAUACCACAUCCACAGUUCUAGAGUGGGCAAUGACAGAACUCUUAAGGCACCCAAUAGUCAUGAAAAAGUUGCAAAAUGAGGUGAGGGGAGUUCUCAAUGGCAAACAUGACAUAACAGAUGCCGACUUGGAGAAAAUGCAUUAUUUGAAAGCUGUAGUGAAGGAAACUCUAAGAUUUCACACCCCAAUCCCACUACUGGUUCCUCGGGAAGCAAGAGAAGAUGUCAAGGUAAUGGGCUAUGACAUUGCAGCAGGUACAAUGGUCAUGACCAAUGCAUGGGCCAUUGGCCAAGACCCUCUUUACUGGAAAGAACCACAGAAGUUUCAGCCGGAGAGAUUCUUAAAUUCGUCCAUAGAUUUCAAAGGACUUGAUUUCCAGUUGAUUCCGUUUGGGGCUGGUCGAAGAGGUUGUCCAGGAAUCUCAUUCGCUAUGGCAACUAACGAACUUGUUCUGGCAAAUAUUGUUCAGAAAUUUGACUGGGAAUUGCCUAAUGGAGCAAAAGGAGAGGAUUUGGAUAUGAGUGAACGCCCAGGUGUUUCAAUCCAUAGAAAAGUUCCUCUUUUUGCUGUUGCAACUCAAUGCUAUCUCUAAUCCAUAUGAGUUUCAUGCAGCGUGAUGGAAACAACAAUUUCUACCAUAAACUAAACAUUCAUAAUUCUUUAUGCUUUUUAAACAACCCCGCACGCACUCGCACAAGUAACAAAUUGGGGAACCAUCGUUUUUAUGCUGGGAUUGUAUAUUUGUAUCGUAUCGUGGUGUAUUAUAGUUUACAAGUAAAAAAUAAUAUUGUGUUUGGUUCUUCAAUUAGGACAAUGUAAACACUUUUACUCCAUCAUUA